GACUCAGAUAUCGACAUCGACAGCUUCCAACUCCAACUCAAAACAAACAGCAACAUGUUAUCUUUUGCCAUAAAGUUCAACUAGACAGAAUGAUUAAUUUAAUAGAAAUCAGAAAUUUUGUAUUUAUCCAUCAAGUUUUUAUAUAGUUUUUUUUAGGAUUCGCUGAUAACUGUUCAACUGUUAUUGGAAUGUAGAUGAAAGAUAAAAGAUGGAGGUGACCGACACAAACAACGUAGAGCAGCACUUUGAGAAGUUGAACCUUACAGUCACAACCACUUCCCCCUCCCCACCGUCCGACCGUUCGGCUCCCGACCAAUCAGAGGAGACUGACGAAUCAGGCUCCGCCCCCCCAGCACCCACUGCAAACCGCCGCUGCAUGCUGCGGCCCCGAAAACGUGUCUCGGGAGAAUUCGGCAACGUCGACCCAACGUCACCGUCGAAAAUCGGCCGCCAAGAAACCACCCCAACCCUGAAAAUGGCCUCUGUACGUCGCAACCCCAACCUGGAAACUAUUUUCGAGGAACCGGUGGUCAAGAAAAAUGGUGCCGUCGUUUUGAUAGGUGCGUCGAAAAUAAAACGUUCAAUUACUUUUCAGCAAUUUGUUUCGAAAACUAAGGCAAAGAAACGUAAGGCGUUAGUGAAAAAGUUCAACUUCGGUCGCAGAAAGAAGACUAGUUUAACGUUGAAUGAUGUAAAAGUGAAAUUGUUGGAUUUAGAUAACGCGCUGCAUAUGACUACUAAUGAUUGAAAGAGUCACUAACGAUCAGUGACAAAUCAAUCACUGAUUUCAAGAUCAGUUGCACAAAAAUGAAUGAAAUUCAACCACCGUAAAAUGGUGUGUUAAUUUUAUAAGCGCAGUUUUCUUUAUCCAAUGCGGUCUGACUCCAAUCACGUCAAGCCUAUUGUAAGAGAUUCACUUAAAACUGCCAGCAUGGUUGGCAUUGAAUGGAAAACAUUGAUAAUGAUAAGGAAUGAUAACAGUGUAUCUCACUAUAGGUAAACGAUAUAUCAUUUCUACAAAUAACAUAGAGCUUUAGUUCUCGUUGCUUUAGUUCUGUUGCAUUUGACAAAUUUUACGGCCGUUAAAUUUGAUUGGAUUUUUGUGUAACUGGCUAUAGGUUUCUGUGGUAUAGGUGUUGUGGUAGAAGGAUAGAUUGACUUUAGUGUCACAAUUAAUUUUAUUGGCAAUUUGAGAGAAUUGCCAAAUGAUCAUACCAUUAUCAAUCUCUAGUUGGCUGUUCAACAGUAGGCCUACAUAGUCAACUUGAGAAGGCGAAUAAGAAAUUGAUGGAAAAAAUUGAGAAACUAGUUGAGUUGUUACACCAACAUCCAAUAUCUAGUAGCUUCCUGAGUAUUUGUGAAGAUUAUAUUUUAUGUCUUCUAAUUAAGAAUCUCUAGUGAACUGAGAUAAGAUUACUAGUUAGGGCCCCGCCGGCCACACUGAAAGCAAUCGGUGAUCCUGUAGGUUACUAUAUCUAUGAUACGCAAUCUACUUAUAUAGAUAUAGAAACCCAUGAGAUCGCAGAUCGCUCUCUGUAUGGCCAGAUGCUCAGCCCCAUCUCGUUAAAUAUUUAUAAUGAUGUAACAAUCGGAGCUAGUUUCUUAAUUUAAAAAAAAUUAUAGUGACGAUUUCCAAUCACUUUAUCCAACAUGCACAGCCAUCACAUCACCUUCAACACAAAAUAAGAUUUAAAAAUAAUAUGGAAUUCUUUUUUUUAUAAAUUUUCUCAGUUAUUUAAUUUUCAGUUUCCUCAAAUAUUAUGUACAGCAUAUUAAUUAGUAGAUACAAAUUAUAUGAAAUUUUCCACAUUCCCAUUAGAAGCAUAAUAAUUAUUGUGGUUGAAAAUAAAAGUAGUUCAAAGAUUUGAAAGUGAAAUCGCCCAAUAUAAUACUUAUAUUUUGUUCAAUUUCAUGUGAAUGUGAAGCCUAAACGUAGGCUCAUGUGAAUGUAAGCCUGUAGGCCUAAACGACCUAGGCUAAUAAUUAAUUUUCUAUACCUGUUAUGAUAAUAAAAAUCUUCCACACUCCCAUAAUAUUUGAUAUCCUUUUUUCAAAUCAACAACACAUUAUUUAAAUAAAUUUAAUUGGUAUCACAAAUUACUAGUUACCAAUUUUGUUUGCUUCUUAAAUCUUCUAGAAAAUUUCAUAUUUCCAUUACCCUCUUGAUUCAGAAACGAUGGCAUUAUAUCUAUGAAAAUAUUGUUUAUGCAAAGUAUUAUCCAUGUUUUUUCUAAAUAUUACUAUGAAUUUUGUGUAUAUUUUAGUAGGUGUGUAGGUGAUCUGAAUUUCAUCCCCAUUUAAGGUAAUUUAGGAGUUCGAAGUAGUACCUAUCAUUAUAAAUUUCGUGAAUAUGUUGUAGGUAAUCUAAAUUUCAUCAUAAUCUGAGAUAGUUCGGGACUUCGUAACACUGCCAAAUUGUCGAGUGCCUUAUGUGAAAUAUUAAUAAUAAUUAUUAUUAUCAUUUGAAAAGACUGAAAAGCUGAGACCUACUAAUUCAAGUAUAUUGUAACCGAAUUUGUAUUAAUGUUCAAAAUGAACUUUUAGGUCAAAUUUUCAAUUUUCUACAUUUUUUGUAUUCUUGUUUGUGUCGAUGUCUUUGAAUAUAAUACUGUUUUGUCAAUUUGCAA